GAGUAGAUAACUAUUACGCAACGAUGACAAGUUAAACCUUGCGCAUAUAUAUUUCGUAUCGAUCGUAACAAUCGCAUUCACGGUCACGAUGUUCGCGGGCAAAGUUGUGUUGUUGACUGGCGCGAGUUCCGGCAUUGGCGCCGAAACCGCUUUGCACUUCGCCAAACAAGAAGCUAUUUUAGCUCUUGUAGGAAGAAACAAGGAUAACUUAGAGAAAGCAGCCAAACAAUGCGAAGAAGUCUCGCCAAAGAAACUGAAGCCCAUCACCAUCAUUGCAGACGUAAACAAUGAAACUGAUCUGGAGAGAGUUAUCAACACCACCAUCGAACAACUGAAGCAAAUCGACGUAUUGGUAAAUAACGCCGGAAUAAUGACAUCUGGGUCAAUAGAAACGACGAGUUUAGAACAGUACGAUAAGAUAAUGACAACGAACGUACGAGCUCCCUACUACCUCACGAUGCUCGCGGUACCGCACCUCUUGAAAACUAAAGGAAACAUCGUGAACGUAUCAAGCGUCGCUGGAGUGAGAUCUUUUCCGAAUAUUCUCGCCUACUGCGUGUCAAAAUCUGCCCUUGACCAGUUCACAAGGUGCGUUGCCCUGGAGUUAGGGUCGAAAGGAGUUCGCGUAAAUGCAGUCAAUCCUGGAGUCGUAAUAACGGAGAUACAUAUGAGAGGCGGAAUGAGUGAAAAAGAUUACGAAGCCUACAUUGAAAAGUGUAAAACGACACACGCGUUAGGACGACCUGGCAAGACUGAGGAAGUUGCUUCGGCCAUUCUAUUCUUGGCGGGAAGUGGAGCUAGCAAUAUUACUGGUGUGACGUUGUCGGUUGAUGGAGGACGUGGAGUGAUGUGCCCGCGGUAAUCAUUAGAAUACUUAAUUGCCCACCAUUUUUAUU